CACGAUAGUAGAGAUGAACCAGACACAUGCGAGUAAUCAUUGAUUUCUUCUAAGAAAUCUGCCAGGAAGAGCAGUUAAAACGUGCUGUUUUAGCUUACAUUGGCCUAUUUAAUGCGCAACUAGCGCUUCGAUUAUUCGUUUUCACUGGCUGCAAACAUUUUAUUUCAUAUCCAAAUUCGCUGAAAUCUUCCGUUACAGUAACUCUGGCUAGAGUAGAUUAAGCUUCAAGGUUGAGAAUUUGCAAUGACCAUGUUUAACCCGACCUUAAUUUCACAUCGUGCGCCCAUUCAACUUUAAUAAGAGACUCAGUUUGCUAACAACACAAAGGUCAAACAUUUGGACCAAUCAUGGGCCAGAGCUCUUCGUCACAGUGGCCUUCAUCCACAGCCACCCGCGGCAAAUCUGUCCCUCUCGUGAAAACCCCGCCACCCCCGGCCUCAACAACACAGGAGCCACCACCCCCGGCAUCGCUACCCGUUGAAAAAACGCCAACCUACGCCAUAGCCGAGAACAAAGUGCUCCCUAAUGGCGUCAGUGACAUCACAAACGUUCGCAGAUCUCUGAGACCCGUUUCACAAGACAUGACCAAGUUCCAUCCAGAGUUUGCGGACAUCUUUCACUACGACUCCGACGUAGAUGUUCAGUCCAUGGGCGAGGCGGCGUUGGAGAGAAGCGCCAGCUUGUCUGGGCUUGAGAAAGAAAACAUGAGCCUCAACUCGGGGAGUUCGCCCACCUCUACACAACUGCUGAACGGUUUAGGAAAACAACACUUCCGGAAUAAUUCCUUACCAGCGUUGUAUCAGAACAAAUUCUCGGACGACUCGGUGGAGUCUCGGGAAGAUGAAAACUCUGAUCCGGUGGUCCAUCUACGGAGGGUCCAGUCGAUGGACAGGGAUUUAUCCCAGCCCAGUAAGCCUUAUCGCCACAAGCGUCAGACGUCGCUGACCAGUGGGGUCUCCAUCCAGGAGAGCGUCAUACACGAGGACCCACGAGAACACCUGUACAACGUCGCCAGACACGAGCCCUUCUCCAACCUGAUGCCCAGUACAGCCUCGCUCCCCGUCAAAAGCUCAUUUGACCUGGAUUAUUCCUUCAACGUCACCUACGCUCAGCUAGCCGAACACAGGCGCCAGAAGAGAACCGCUGAGUUGAAAGAAAAAACCGGACAAAAACUAGAAGCCCUGGAGGCUGAAAUCAACGCUAGCAGCCUCAUUCCCAAGUCGCCUUUCGACCGGAAGAACCUGGGUCUCAAGUCUAGCACCCACAGUAUCAGCACCGGCAGCUCAGAGACCGGCGUCAGUAAAUCCAAGAAGAAAAAAUCCCCUGCUCCCCCGCCCCCAGCCAUUCCCCCAUUUAGGUAUUCUCUAACCAACGAGCCUCCAAUUGAUUACGACAUGAAAGAAGCCACGCCCACUCACACACAUAAACGAAGCAGCUCGUCAAUCUCUGGGUUAACCAAAUCCCCAGCGCCACAACCAACAACCAAAACACAACCUUCAACAAACCUCCCAACCCAGUUGAAAGUUUCCUCCAAAUCACCAACCACCAACCCGCCAACCUCGACACACAAAAGAAGCAGCUCUUCAAUCUCCGGGCUAACCAAAUCCCCAGCGCCCCAACCAAUCCCUAAAACACAAUCCUCAGCAAGUCUUCAAACUCAGAUAAAAGUUUCGACAAAAAAAUCCUCCCCCAGUCCCCCACCCCCAGCUUCUUUACAGCGUCUUUUUGCGACGCCAAAACUAAACACCGGUCCAAAGGAAAUCACGCCCCUACCCGGUCUACAGUUCUUACAAAAAAGCAAAGAAGAAGCCAAAAAACAACUUGAAGCGCUGACCAAACUAGAUCACAUGUUAAAAGAACCCAAAGUUGUUUCAGCAACGAUUCAGUCAAAGGAUGAGUUACCUGGAAACAACAACGUACCACCCAGCAUUGACCAUGAUGAAGCUAAGCAUCAAAACUCUACUGAAACUGUCGCACAACAGGGAUCCUCCGUGAAGAAUAUUUCGGCAGAACUUUGUGUUACUAAUCCAUCAAGCGCUAUUGAAACAAAAGAAGUUAUUGAAAUACCAACCACGGAGUUAGAACCACUGGUACUACCAAUACCACCGGCUCCACCUGCACCACCAUUAAUACUAGAAACCACACCAUCACCAACAACUUCACCGGUCAAAACCACAACAGAACAAAACGAGACAAAAACCGACUCGGGUUACCAAUUCAAGCGCAUGAACUCUCUCCUGCAGCACGACAUUGUUCUCGCUGCUCAAGCUAGGGGAGCCAAAAUCAAAACAGGGAAACCCCCCGUUUUUCUGGAAAAACCCAAAGACGCUUCAGAAAUGUUUCGCUCUGAGCUGGCAAAAGCCGCGUCUGCGAGAGAGGAACGUCGGAAAGAGGAGGAGAUAAAACUGUCAGACUCCAGGACAAAUUUGUUAGGAGAACCUGAGAGGGUGAACCUCAUACAAGCAAGCCCUAGCAAAACACGGAAAAAUAUCAACAAACAGCAGGAGAAAAUAUCCAUAGAUACGUCAUUAUCUAAAAAUAGUUCGGAAUCCGGAGAACAAAAGCAAACAUCUGAAGAUGGUAAAGAUGAAGUUGAUACUGUAAAAGCUAAAGCAGAGCUGGAUCAAGAAUUCAACCAAUCAAAUGCGGGGUUGGCCAAAAGGUCUUCUAUUCACUCUGAAGACAUGAGCAUCAGCAGCUCCAACACCAGCCAGAGGCUCUUCUCCCCUGAAUGGACCCCAGAACACGAUCUAGAAUCGGAUGACGACAUAAUGGACGAGAGCCAGACCAUGUCCCACAAGCGGGUCUCGUCCGAAGGCUUCAAGUCGACCAUCAUCCCGACCAAGCUCAACGACCUGAAACAGUCGACGGCUCAGAAAAAAAAGAAAGAAGACCGCCGACAAAGUGCCGGGGAUAAAACUCCAGAUGAGCGCCAGAAGUUCGGCAGCAUCCGGAAGUUCAAGAAGAGCGUUCACCAGGGGAUGAGAAACGCCUUUGGUUCCAUUAGUAAAGCGUCAGGCAAAAUUCUGAAGAAACAAAAAUCUCAAGAGCUUUUUCCUAAAGCUGAGCCGGCUUUACAUUCAUCACACAGCGAGGUCAACCACUCGCCUGAUAUAACGAGGGAUUCGAACUGGUCGCUGUCUGACAGUCGAAGUGGAUCUUUAAGAAGAUCUUAUAUCGACACAUAUUCAUAUGAUCGUAAAGAUCAUGCUGAUUCUACGUCAUCAUCGGAAUCUGAUUCUGAUGAUAUCGGAGACAUCGAUUUCGCAAGCGGUAUUGAUGAUAAUGUCAAAGUCCGCCAUGUUGAAAGUCAACCGUCAUCUGACGUAGAAAACAAAGUCUUGAAGAGGGCGGGUGUUGCGUAUGUUGGAAAAAAGGGGCAGAUAAUUGUCCUACCCGAGUACAACACGGUAGACAACUCUGAACAGGAAAACUCUGGUCAUGCUCCAAAACUUUUCAAUAAAAAGUCGAAAAAGUUUUCGUACGAGUCCACGCUACGGCGCGAGGAGAAGUCUCGUAAAGAGAAAGAAAUCGCGAGAGAAAUACGAGAAAAGGAGCAGCAGAUAGAAAUAGAGCGACAAAAACAGAUGGAUAUAGAAAAAGGUUACAGGCGCUUACGAGAAUUGGAGGACCAAGAGAACUUGCAGAAGAUGCAAACAGCGGUCAUGAAAGGACAGAUUGCACAGUUACAUGCGCAGCAACAUGCGCAACAGCUGCAAAACAAGUUGAACAACAACAUGUCGUCGUUGCCUAAUCUUAACGACCCUUCACUGAUUACAAGUCCUUUUAUCUCAAACGGACAAGUCCAAGGUUCUCAAUUUUCCAAUGGAGGGGUGGCAGGUUUUAUAAAUAGCCCGACACAUCUUUCUAAUGGAGGGGUGGCAGGUCACGGUUUUAUAAACAACUCGACGCAUUUCGGGACGGCGCCCCACCUACCCGUUUUCUCGACGCCGAUGGUGGGCCCCAACUUUACAGCCCACCCGGCCCCUAUAGUUGGAGGCUCGAUGAACGGCGGCCCCACUUUGCCCAACCUGUCGCCGCAGGAGCUGAACCAAAUGAGUGAGUACAUGCUCAAGCUGGGGGUGCCGCCCCCCACCAACCAACACCAGUGGGCGGUGCUGCUCAGCACCAUCACCUUAAACUCUUCGGGUUUUCCCGGACUCGCCUCCCCACAGAAUGGGUUCUACGGCAGCGGCCCUGACCUUUCGCACAUCUUCGCAGGCGGCAAGACGAUGGACAGUUUAUCCAGCAAGCGACAGAGCCUGGGUCUGUUAGCCGGUCAGCAGACAUUUCAGCCGAUGGACAUGCUAACCCUACAGAGACUCCACGCCGACGGUCUGUUUUAUAAAAGCAUGCACGUCCUCAACUCCACCGACGGAUACAACCAGCCGAACCAUCAGCCCACUCUAACGGACAUCACCGGAACUAAUCCCCGGCCAUCUUUUACACCAAGCACCGGCCAUGUCAUUAAGCAAGAUACGCCUGACAUACACGCAGAACCCGCGCAUCGACCAACAACAGAUUCCACCAUCCCAGUGAACAGCCAAGCUUUAACCUAUGAUAACCACUCCCACGUACCCAGAGCAGCCAACGCUUUACCACCCAAAGUUUAUGGUCCAAUGGGAUUUAGACCGGUCUCUUUCCAUGCUGGAUCAACAUGACGCUGAGGUGGGCAGGAGUGAAGAAUAAAAGGCAAAUACGACAUCAAUAUGUUUUAUGACUCAUGCUGUUAGAGAACGUGACUUAUCUACUUUUAUCCAGUUUCGGUUUGAUUUUCGUAAGGAAUCUUAGAACAAUGUGAACGUGUGGUAAAGAGCACGGGUUGAAGCCUAAAGAUCUCGAGUUCAAUUCAGUUUAGCCUCUGUAUGACAUCACCGAGUCCAUCCAGUUCUGACCACUGGGCUACCGUACUCGUGAACUAACGUAAAGGCCAUCGAGAGAACUUACCACACUAGCCCGUGUUAAACGUUAGCCACGGUCCAAUAAACGAGGUAACUCUAAUGACCGCCACACACCAAAUGGUACCUUUAUGAAGAUUAGCCUCCAACUUUAUUUACUGGUUUGAAGGAAAAAGUUAACUCUUUUAAAUUGUUCAAGCAAAUUUUCAAGUAAUUGUAUAUUGUACAGUGUGUGUAAAAAAUAUUUUAAAAUAAAAUAUUUUAUUCCUUUUGUAAUUUUUAAUGUAUCACAUAUAAAACAUGCUUCUUUAAUAAUUGUAUUUAUAUAUUUAUUGUUGGAAUAUUAUUUCUUUAAUGUAUCUAAUCAUUAGGUACUAUUUCAAUGAGUUGAAUUUUUAAAUUCUGCAUCAAGGUUUAAACAUAUGAAAAGUAAGUUCUUAUAAGUAAGAGUAAUGUAGUAAAUUGCAAAAAUAUAUUUAAAUAUAGUGAAGUUGAACAGCAUUUCUUAUAUUUUAACAUCAGUGAUGCAACAUGUAGGAUGAGGGCAGUUGUAUGCUACAGCUAUAAUUUAUUUAUUUAUUUUAACACGGGUUGCUGUUCUUUUACAAAGAUAAACUAAGGCUAAAGCUUCUGAUUUAAUGCAAAAUCUCAAUCUCAAGUCACUGAGAAGAAGGAAAAAAAAUGUGCUUGUCUUUAGACUAAUCCAAUGAAGCCCUGACAUAUGACAAGGAUAUAUUCCAAUUUUUAUAACCAGCCCCCACAGACAACCCAGUGACACUGUUGAGGUGUCUGACAACCUGGUGGUUGGGGCUGGCGGUGAUGGUUGUGCAACCAGUUUUUACUAGAUCUUCUUACGUAAAAAACCGGUUACAAUACAGCUCCUACUACUGUUAGUGUAGAAAGCUGAUAAAAUCCGUGUUUUUUUUAAUAUUCUCAGUUAAAUUUUUUGCAAGUUCUUUUUAUCUGGUAGAGAUUAGAUUUAUUGUGUACUUCUUGUAAUUUAUUAUUUGAGCAAUUAUCAAAUGAAUUGUUACAUUAUCUCACUACCUCCCCUGUGAAAACUAUUUACACAUUUCAUUGCAUUUGAAAAUUAAAAGAAAUUACUGAUCUUUAUUCAGUUAAAAAUCUUUGAUAAUCUCAAAGCCUAUAUUAAAUUUUAAGUAUACAAGCUAGAAUUGUUACAAUUUGUAACCUUAAAUAAAGUUUAAGUAGAAGGCCAUAGACUAUUAAUCUUUUUAUGUUUUUAAUGUGUAACCUUUUUUUAAUUUUUGAAGCUACUAUCUUGAAUUAUCAAGUGUCUCACAAAUAAACUCAUUUAGAAAUGUAUCUAAAUAGUUUGCUAAUUGAGCUUCAAUACGAUGAUAAAAUAUUUAUUGUACUUUAAAAUGAAAGAUGUAAUCCUUUGCUUUAUAUUUAAAUAAAUUAAUUGUUAAAAAAAUAAUAUUGGGGAAAGGAUCAUUUCUGUGUCCUCCAGUUAAACAAUUUUUGUGAUUGCAUUUCAGCACUAUUGAUGUCUUCUGAAUGAACUGUCUAAAAUUUCAACAUUUUCUUGUAUUUGUAUAAACUUCAAGUAAGCCCAUCUUAUGUGAUACCUCUGCUCACCAAAGCUGUGUUGUUUUAUUUAUUUGUUUAUAAUGCUUUAUAGCUAGACAUAAAUGUCUCACUAUCAGUAUCACACUAGCCAUUUUAAAAAGUGUACCUCACAUUAAAAAUAUCAGGACCUUUUUGAAAUAUUUACCGGAUCCUUUCUUUAAGAUUCUGUAAAGAUUCAGUAUAUGAUCUUUUGAGCACCUAUUUAUGCAGAAAAAUUGAUUCCUAAAAAUCAAUAUUUCAAAAAGUUUAAUCACUGUAAUAAAUAUGUAAAAGUUAAUCAUGAUUAUUUAUUUAGACAAAGGUUAAAUGCAUUUAUCUUUACUUUAUUUCUGAAAUGUAAAUAAACUUCAA